UUUAGACUGAGAAAGAAAAUUGAUGAUAAAAAUACAAACAAGAGGAGAAGAGAGAAACCUGUCUCGUGAAGCAGCAGGUGAAAGAGAGAAAGGGAAGAAAAAACAAUAAUAAAAAAGUUCUCUCCUUUCUUUCUUUCUCCUCUUUCACUUCUCUUUCUUCUCUCUAAGGACUUCACAUUCAUUCUUUGCUUCCUUAUUUUAUAUCACGAGAUCCCCAUCUCGGCUUCUCUUUCCCUUCUCUCUCUCUCUCUCUCUCACCUCUCUCUGUAUCUCUUGAUGUCUUCAUCAAAGCCUCUUCAUUUUCUGCUGCUUCUGGGUUUUUGUGUUUCUGUGUCUGUCUCUGCUUGCCGCCAUUGUUGUUCUUCUUGGAGUAGCUUCACUCGCAUACAUUGCUGAGGGUGAGGACCCCAGAAAGGAGAAAAAAGUACCGAAAUUUACAGAGGGAGAAGAGAUAGAAAAAAUUUACAAGCUUUGCUUUUGUUUUUGGAAAUGUCGCAUUCUGGGAAGCCCAUUUCGGAGCUAGGCCUCGACUCGCUCAACGAUCGCUUCCGUGACUCACUGAGUUGCGAAGCCAACAAGCCUGAUUUUCGAGAACUCGAUCUGGGUUCACCCGUUUCCCCUCUUCGGACCCGUCAAAGCGGCGGUCUCGCCACUGCUACAAGUAGUAGCUCCAGCUCGUCCGGAUCGUUCUCAGGCCGAAAUGGGCCCAACCCAGCUGCCAAAAGGUCCGAUUCAGCCCCAAACAACCACUCCGGCGAGCUGUCAGGCUCUAGUGAGAGCAGUCCCACCGCCGCCGAGAGCGUCCGAUCCGCCGGAAACACCCGGAAUUUCAAACCGGGUCAUACAAGAUCCGAUUCCGGCUCCACCCACCCCUUAAUAUACUCGGGUCAGAGCUCUGUGAACUCUCCGCCACUCAAUGUUUUGCCCACUGGGAACAUAUGCCCGUCUGGAAAAAUCUUAAAAACGGGUAUGGUCCCAAACCGGAGCUCCAGAACCGAUGUUUUGGGUUCGGGUAUGGGCAAUUACGGUCACGGGAGCAUAAUGCGGGGAGGCCCGGCGGCGAAAAGUGGCGGCAUAGAGGCGGUGAGUACUGUGAGUUCGAGGGUAACUGGCGGCGGAGACUUGUUGAAGAGAACAAUGGUGAGUGCGGAUCCAGAGGAGUUGAAGAGAGCUGGGAAUGAGCAGUACAGAAGAGGCCAUUUUGCGGAGGCUUUGAGCUUGUACGAUCGGGCAAUCGCAUUGUCUCCGGCCAAUCCAGCCUACAGGAGCAACCGGGCAGCGGCAUUGACCGGUCUCGGGCGGCUGGUGGAGGCCGUGAGGGAAUGUGAAGAGGCAGUAAGGUUGGAUCCCAAUUAUGGCAGAGCUCACCAGCGUUUGGGGUCUUUGUUUCUUAGGUUAGGACAAGUUGAAAAUGCCAGGAGGCACCUUUGUUUUCCAGGGUUGAAGCCAGAUCCGGCUGAGUUACAGAAAUUGCAGGCAGUAGAGAAGCAUCUCAAAAAAUGUACAGAUUCCCGUCGUGUAGGAGAUUGGAAAAGUGUAUUGAGGGAAUGUGAUGCUACUAUUGCUUCUGGAGCUGACUUUUCUCCUCAGCUCUGUAUGUGUAGAGCGGAAGCACUUUUGAAGCUCCACCAAAUUGAUGAUGCUGAAUUAGUCUUAUCAAACACACCCAAAUUAGAGACCAAACCCUCACAAUCUAAGUUCUUUGGGAUGCUUUCUGAAGCUUACAGUUACUUUGUCAUGGCCCAAAUUGAGAUGGCAUUUGGAAGGUUUGAGAAUGCAGUUACUGCUGCUGAGAAAGCUGGGCUGAUUGAUCCUCGGAACAUUGAAGCUGCAGUGCUGCUUAAUAAUGUGCGUAUGGUUGUGAGAGCCCGUGCCCGAGGCAAUGAUCUCUUCAAGUCCGAAAGGUUCACUGAAGCUUGCUCAGCAUACGGAGAUGGUCUGAGGCUUGAUCCUUCAAACUCUGUUCUAUUUUGCAACAGAGCAGCUUGUUGGUUUAAACUUGGGAUGUGGGAGCGAUCCAUUGAAGACUGCAACCAGGCCCUAUGUAUUAAACCCAAUUACACAAAAGCCCUACUUAGAAGGGCUGCCUCAAACAGCAAGCUUGAAAGAUGGGUAGAUGCUGUUAGAGAUUAUGAGGUCUUGAGGAAGGAGCUUCCUGACGACAAUGAAGUUGCUGAAUCUUUGUUUCAUGCUCAAGUUGCGUUAAAAAAAUCCCGCGGGGAAGAAGUUUAUAAUAUGAAGUUUGGCGGUGAAGUAGAAGAAAUAUUAGGUCUUGAGCAGUUCAGAGCUGCAAUGGCUUUACCAGGUGUCUCCGUGGUCCAUUUUAAAGCAGCCUCUGAUUUCCAAUGCAAGCAAAUAUCUCCUUUUCUGGACACACUUUGUGGCCGGUACCCAUCCAUAAAUUUCCUCAAGGUUGACAUUGAAGAAAACCAAGCAGUUGCAAGCACUGAAAAUGUGAGGAUUGUACCAACAUUCAAGAUUUACAAAAAUGGUAGCCGAGUGAAGGAAAUGGUGCGCCCCAGCCGUGAAAUGUUGGAACACUCACUCCGGCAUUAUAGCUUCUAGAAUCAGGACUGUACUGUAAUUCUGCUGCUCUGCCGUAGUUUUGAGUUUUUUUGUUGCUACCCGGCCCCCAGUUUGUUAGGAACUCUCCUACAGCCCUUCCUUUCUGCCUCCCACCAUAUAAGCUUUACCAGAUACCUGUGACAUAAUCAGAAUCACCAAAUAAUCUCGUUAGCGACCAAUGCCAGUGGAUCCCAGAGAGGUAGCUUAGUUCCUUCUUCAGUUUUUAUUUAUUCAUUCAUUCCUCAUUGCUCUCUGGUUCCACUUUCUUCCUCCUUUCUCCUUUUCUCCUUUCUUCCUUUUUACCAUAUCUUUGAACUUUUUUCAUUUUCAUUCUCAUGUAGACCGGCCUGGUUCCUGUAUCCCCACUUCCAAAAAAAAAAUUAAAACUGUGUACAAUUGUUUAAAUUGGCCUUUUAGUUUUAUUUGAGAGAGAGAGAGAGAGAGAGUGUGUGUCAGUGAGAGAGGGAGAUAGGUAGGGAGGGAGAGGAGAGAGAGGGGUGGCUGUAGCAGAGGAUCUGUACAUGUAUAUAUAUGUGAUAUAUACAAAAACAAUGGAAGUCAUGGGGGAGAUUGGAUGUCCGGUGGGUACUUACUGGGUUAGUGAAGGAAGGAUGAAUAUGUUCUUAUUGUUGUUUCUUUUCUCAAACCAAUUAUUCAACAAUAAAAUUUUCUAUUUUUCUUUUCUUCUCA